AUGUCAGUUACCAUUUAUGACGGUAACUUUUUGUUCCUGAUCAAUUAUGCCACGCAAAUUCUCUGUUUUAUUGUGACGACGCCUUUCGUACUCCUCCGGGUCUUCGUUCGAUGGAAAGUGAAUCACGCGCUCGGUAUCGACGACGCCCUUUGUUUUAUCGGAUGGGUCCUGUUUAUGGGAUACUGCGCAAACGCCUUGAUCUACGGAUUUUCCGGAUGCACCAAAGUGCGCGAUGGAUUAAAUCAAGAUCAAUAUGAGAGUUGCAUCAAGGCAAGGGCAACGACUCUUCGCACGCAGUUCCUGCUCCUGCUAACUCGAUCGCAGAUAUCUUACGUUGCCACUGCAAUCUACGCACCGACGGCUCUUUUUGUCAAGAGUAGCCUCGUAUAUGUUCUGAUCAGGGUCUUCCAACCUUGGUCCAGGAGAGUGCUGUCCCUCUACUGUCUUCUAGGAGUGGUUGUUGGUUAUUACUUUAUCAUCACGUUCAUCAAAAUCUUCAUAUGCAACCCUGUUUCUGCCUACUGGAUCUUCUCCGAGAGAGGAAAUGCGACAUGUCUCAGCCAGGCGGGGGUAAUCAUCGCAGAUUCCGUCAUCAGCUUUUUGACAGAUAUUGCUAUCUUUGCCUUCCCAGUCGCGUUGACCUGGUCAUUGCAAAUGCCUUUUUGGAAGAAGGUCAAAGUGGUAUUCCUUCUCGGGCUCGGCGGCAUAGCAGUCGCUUUUAGUCUGUUCCGUCUUGUGAUUGGUAUUCACGAAAGAGACUUUCCUCACGAUACCAGGAUGUUCAUGAAGUCAAUUUUGACUGCCAAUGCGGAAGUGGGACUCGGAAUCAUCUGCUCUUGCCUCCCUGCUCUUAAUGUGCUCACCACAUACACCAAGCAACAAUCGCCUUCGUCCAGCCGAGCUUUUCGCCGCCCCAAACAACAACCACAAUCAUCGGGCCAAAUUUUUGACGGAUCCCGACCAGGGGACCCGCAGUACCACCUGUCCCGAAGUGAAUUAAGUACCUCUGCUCGUCGAGGCUCAACAGAUUCAGCCAGACUCAUAGCCAGCCAUGAGCAGUCGGGCUUACCCGUCGGUGAAAACAGCGACACGAUUAUCAAGAUGGUUUCGCUCAAUCAACAUUGGGAAAAUGCAUCUCAAAGCAACGAAACGACCGACAGAUCCGGGAUAUUGUGA